AUGUCGUCCCCUGAGAAGAAGAGGAAGAAGAAGACAACGAAUCCGUCACUUAAGCCAACUCCUUUGCUCCCUCCGACGCCGCAACCGACCCCAAAUCCGGAUCUUCCGGAUGAUUUGCUUCUGAGCUGCUUCGCACGAGUCUCGAGACUGCACUACCCGACUCUCUCCCUCGUCUCCAAGAGCUUCCGUUCUCUGCUUGCUUCACCGGAGCUUUACCAGACUCGCUCCCAUUUACACCGCACGGAGAGCUGUCUCUACGUGUGCUUAUCUCUCCCUCCUGACCCUAACCCUAAAUGGUUUACUCUCUGCCGAAGACCUAAUCAAAACCUAACCAAGAAGAAGAAGAAGAAGCAAAGUAGCAACCUUUUGGUUCCAAUCACAUCUCCUCAUUCUACUCCCGUUAAGCCUAGCUUCGUCGCCAUCGGUUCUGAUAUUUACGAAAUCGGCGGACGCGUCAAUGGCCUGGCUUCCUCUACCGUCUCGGUCUUUGAUUGCAGGUCUCACUCUUGGCACCAAGCUCCAGACAUGCCGGUAGCUAUGGAGAAACCAUACGCCAAGGCCAUCAACGGAAAGAUAUAUGUUACUGGAGGCAAAGGCAAAGGAAGAGACUGGGCACAGGUUUUCGAUCCAAAAACCCAAACUUGGACUUGUGAAUCUAAAGCAUGUGAAUUUUUACAGGAUGAUUAUUAUGGACUAGUAGUGAUUGGUUAUUAUGAAAGGGCUUCUAGUUGCGUGAUAGAUGAGGUGGUGUAUGUCUAUCACCAGGGAGAGUUCCAAUGGUUUGACAAGAAGGCAAGAGACUGGAGAAUCUUGAAAGGUUUAAGGUUUAGACUGCCUAAGUUUUUUUUUGGCUCGAUUACUUCUAGUCAUAUUCAGUUGGCAGAUUAUGGUGGAAAGAUGGCGGUUUUAUGGGACAGGCAUGAUCGUUCUAGCAACUGUAAAGGAAGAAAAGUUUGGUGUGCGGUGGUCACGCUUGAAAGGCGUAGUAGUGAAGAGAUUUGGGGCACGGUCGAGUGGUCUGAUGACUCUGAAGCUGUGCUUAAAGUCCCUGGGUCUGUUGCAUUUGUGGAUGUUGUUGCUGCUACUCUUUGA